CAGCAUUGUGUACACUCUGCUACCUUACUCUGCUAACCACACAUUGCAGUGCCAUUCCUUGUACCUGUUUCCUCGAACAUCGUAGCUUCUCAAACCCUUUGCUUGCGCUCUCUGAAGCUAACUACCUGGCCUUCUUCAUAGAAUUUGAGAAGCGAAUUGAACCUAAAGGACCUCGUUCUUAACUGGUCAAGGCACUCUUAUAGACUAACCAUGAACGCUCACACGUUCGCGGCAUAGGCACCGGCGCGUACCACACGACUGCCGCUGCGCUGGCGGCAUAACAGCAACAGGUUCAGCGCUUUGCAGCUGCUUGAAGUUUAAAGACCGGAGCAACAGCCCGCAGAACAAAGCCCUACACCGCGAUGGGCGCUCUUCGGCGAGCCGUGGACGUGCUGAAAGCACCGUUCGUUAAAGUCGGCAGGGCGUACAAUAAUGUCGCCCUGAAGCACCCUAUGACUACGGGCGUUGUGACUACGGUCCUAAAAACUUCGGCGGCUGACCUGUUCGCUCAGAAGGUUGUUGAGCGUCGAGAAGAUGUGGACUGGCGUCGUCACAGCAUGUUUCUCAUGUUCGGCUUCGGCUAUCUGGGAUGCUGGCAAUACUAUCUUUACAACAACCUCUUCGUUCGCUGGUGCAAGCCUAUUACGGCGCUCGUCGGCCAUGCGGGUGCAGCACCUGUCAAGACGUUCAUCGAUCAGUGCAUCCACCACCCGGUGCUCUACUUCCCCGUGUUCUACUGCCUCAAGGGGUUGGUGGAGGGACGGCCCAUCGCUGACUCCAUGGAGAGCUACCGCGAGCACCUGUGGGAGAACUGCAAGGCGCUGUGGAUGAUCUGGGUGCCGGCACAGAUGGUGAACUUCACGCUGGUGCCGCUGCACCUGCGCAUCCCCUUUGUGGCCGGCGUCUCCUUCGCCUGGACGGUUGUCAUCAGCUGCAUGCGCGGCGCGCUGGACACGCACAACCCGCCUGCCGAGGAGGACUCGGCGCUGAUGAUGGAGUCGGUGGCGGCCAACGCCUCCUCCGCGCCCGCGGGGCACCGGCCGGCCACAGCGCCCAUUGCCUUGCAGCCGCUGCUCAACGCGGCUACGGCCAGCGCGGAUUCCAGCUCGACGGGCGAGGCGGCCCCGGUGGGUCUGCAGCAGUUGCUGGUGGCGCCGGACGACAAGACGUGUAAGGACUCCUCGCAACCCAACCUGCGGCGCUGAGGGCACCAACGCCGCGGAGUAGUGACUAGAAACAUAGUAGGCGGCGUGAUUUGCGACGGACACGCGUGGGACGCAGGACAGUCGGUGCUGUUGUUGGCUUGGCUUGACAACAUACCUCGUGAGUAGACAGUGCUGGUAUUCUUGGCAUUACGUCUCUGCAUUAUUACAGAGCUUAUAUCGCUGCAUUAUCUCUCAUUUGGGGUCGGUUGCAUGUAGAACCGCUGUGAACGGCAACAUUGUUUUUCCCGGUACGGCAAUUUGUCUAUAGGACGUCUAUGGAUACGCCGAAGUAAGGUGUUGCAAUGGGGUGGGGAGCCCAGUCGCCGUGCAGCGGACCGCCGUGCUGCGUUGUGUUGGGUUUAGGUACUGAGCCGUGUGUGUGGGGUGGAGGCGUACAUUGGAUUGAAGCAUUGUUUGCAUGUGCUAUGUGCGGUUUCAUGAUCACGCAGUGGGUACCAUUGUACCUCGUGCGAGGUCCCAAGUUUGAUUACCGGUAACUUAACCGUACGUUCAUCCGUUGUUAGUGGUGCAAACGGUGAAGAGACGACGCGUGACUAUGGUUAUGGAGAGGAGCUUGUGCAGUGUUCUGCAAGGCUGGUAAUGCUGUGGAUGAUGUAACCCCCAUUACUGCUUCUUCAUGAGAAGCCAUGAGAAUGGAAAGUGAACAGACGAGCUAGAAACGGAC